GAAAGCCGUGGUGUGACUGUGAGUGAAGGGCGAAUGUGAGCUGCGCGCCGCCAAGGAAGAAAAUCUUUCCAAGCGUUGUCGUUAUCCCUUUAGACUGUCUUGGUGAGCCCGGCAUGUGCUGUUGAUGAACUAUGGAGAAGAGAAUUGAUCUCGAGAAGCGAGGUCUGCCUAACAAGGAGAUUGUUGAACUAAAUCUUGACAACUGUCGUUCUACGACAAUCCAAGGGCUCACAGAUGAUUUCGUCAAUCUACAAACGCUGUCUAUGAUAAAUGUUGGCCUCACCACUCUCAGAGGCUUCCCUAAGCUGCCAAACCUAAAGAAGCUGGAGCUCAGCGACAACAGGAUAUCAUCUGGGCUGAACGCAUUAGUUGGUUGCCAAAGACUCUCGAGUUUGAAUUUAAGUGGAACGAAAAUCAAGGACCUGGAGGCCCUCGAACCUCUGAAAGAUUUCCCGCAACUCAAAAGCUUAGAUUUAUUUAAUUGUGAAGUAACGAAUGUAGAGAACUACCGUGAGGAGGUAUUCCGCCUCCUGCCCACGCUCCGUUAUCUAGAUGGUUACGAUCGAAAUGAGAAAGAAGCAGAUUCCACAGAGUCGUCAGAUUACGACGAGGAGGACGAGGAAGAUGGUAGUGAGAAUGGGUAUGACGAGAAGGCCGGUGGGGGAUCGUCGGAUGAAGAAGACGAGGACGAUGAUGACGAUGAAGACGAGGACAGCGACGACGAUGUGGACGGUGGUGAGGACUCGGACGAUGCCACUGCUGCGGCGCCGGGUUAUGAGAAUGUAGAGGGCGACGAUGGUGAUGGUGAUGACGAGGAUGAGGAGGAGGACGACGAAGACGACGAGUCCGUCAGCAGUGGAGAAGAUGAGGAUGAGAGUGACGCCGAUGGUGCUGCUAAGUUAGCGGCGGCAGCUGCUGCUGCGAAUCCCGCCGCUGCGGACGACUCAGACGAGGAUGAGGACGAUGACAGCGGUGACGAUGACGAAGUCGGUUUGGACUACCUCAAUCGGCAAGACUUGGAUGACGACGAUGAGGAUGAAGGCGACGACUUUGUCCCUGGUGAGGAGGAAGAUGACGACGAUGAUGAGAUCGACGAGGAGGAGGAAGAAGAGGGUGCAACCUUCUCAGCCACAAAGCGGCCGGCAGGCGAAGAUGAUGAUGACGACGACGAUGUUGCACCGCCCGCAAAGAGGCGGUGAAGGUUAUCGAUUGGACUUCACCUUACGUCACCAACAAUCUCUCUCUUUCUCUCUCUUUCAUCCCUGACUCGAGUUCCAUGUCUCCUGGGAUUCGCUCCAGGCGAGUGUGAUGUUGAAAUGGCAUGCAUCGCGAGCGCCACCGCCGCCCACUUGAUGAUUUUCCUCGAAUAGAGCAGCUACCUGCUCUUCCCCCACCCCUCACCCCGAUGCUGUACAGCCAUGGCCGGAGCUCCGGGGUCUCGAAUGAUAACUUUCUCUCUCUGUGUGUGUCCGCUGUCUUUGUCGUUCGUAGCAACUACUGUUGUGCUUGCUGGUGUUGUACAAUGUGUGAUGGCUGACUGACAGCUUACCUUUUACGUACUGAACGUUUGAAUGCCAGUGUUGACGUUAUGCUUUUUAGCUGGCCGAAAAAUAAUUCCCCUGGCAUGAAAAAAGGCUGUGGUCUUUCCCUCACCCACGCCCGCAUUUAUAGCAGUAUGUAUGGUCUAUCGGGGCCGACCGUUUUGUAUGCUUUCUUCCAUUUUUUUUAGUUGUGCUUUGUUUAGGUUGCAAUCAGUGGUGCCCCUAUACUGAUGAUGCGUUGUGAUACUUUGCUUCGCCGCCAGUUCUCUCUCGCUCCCCCUUUCCGCUUCUGUCCCUCCUAGGCAAUGUCUUUGAUUAUCUCCUCCCGUGGCGCUGUGCUUAUGUUGCCGUUGGCGCGCGCCGCCGCCGUCUUUUUGCUUGUUGAGUCAAUCUCAAAGAAACGGCCUGCUACUGUAUGCCUCCCAGUCCCCAGUGUUACGUAGUUUAGUAGUAGCAGAUCGCUCUUGGCUGCGUUGCACUUCCGCUCCUUCACGUCUCUUCUGCUUUCAAGCGUUUUGACCUUUUUUCCGUUUGUGAUUGUUUUUCACCGUCAUUCAUGAUCAUUUUAUGGCCUCAUCCUCAAAUGCAUUUUAUGGAAUAUUUGUAGCUGUGUAGUGAUGUUCAACCUCAUAUCAAUCUUCAUACAAGUACAUAUAAACCGCUAGUGGUAUCAGCUGCUGCCGAUACAGCUUGAACACAAACGCGGUCGGUGAUGUAAUAACAAGCAAGAAACUAG